AUGGAAUAUAAGAGGGGCCGGAUCUACCUGAAUCCAGCCCUUCCUGAUAUGGAGCCAAAAGAUAGAAAGGAGAUAUAUGCGGAAGCACUAAAUACUCUGGCAAAGCUGCAUAGACUCGACUUUUAUAAACUCGGAUUGGAAAAUUAUGGAAGAAGAGGUGCACUCGAUAAUCUUGUGUUCCAUCCAACGGAGAACCGAGUUAUCGCUGUGUUGGAUUGGGAAACCUCAACGAUCGGAGAUCCCUUAGCAGACCUUGCCACCUUCCUCUUUGCUCAUUACAGUCCAAGCAGGAAUAACCUCUUGUCCGGAUUGGGGCACUUAAGCGAGCGUGAUCUCCAAAAUUUUGGAAUACCAACGGUCGACGAGGCACUUUUGAUGUAUGCCGAACUUCGUAGUAUUCGUCCUGUCGAUCCUAUGAGAUGGGCGUUUUACGUGGCUUUCGUCUUCUAUCGUUUUGCAAGUAUCAUUCAAGGAGUUUAUAAGCGUUCUUUGAUGAAAAAUGCCUCGUCAGCGGAAGCGCAUAAACUGGCACCCGUCGCGAAGUUAUUGGCAAUGAAUGGAUUGGCGUUUGUGAAAAGGAUGCGACAUAUGGGCGCACAAGCAAGGAAAUUCGCUAUAUUACUUAUCAAUUCUUGUCCGUUAUGGCGAUUCUCCGCAAUCACUCCACUUCUCCUUUCAGAUUUAUUACCAAUGACACCCCAAGCGCUGUCAGAAAAGGCACAAAAAUAUUACACAAUUGUCAAGGAUAUAAGCAAAGCGAAAUCACUAGGAGCAUGGAAUUUAUUCAUUUCGGAUUAUAUUGAUCCGGACAGAACUUAUGGAGUAGGUUUGACCAACGUGGAGUAUGCACACAUCUGCGAAGUAAUGGGAAGGAGUCCGUUUGCACCUGAGGUAAACAUUCUACAGCAAAGUUAUAAUAAUGCGUAA